CAGAUCCGGUGGUCGAUGUCCUGGCGGCGCUGCAGCUGCAGAAGGAGCCCGAGGGGGUCCGCAAGACGCCAGGCUUCUGCCCGCAGAAGCGUGCGGGCUCCGGAAUGGGCACGGCCUUCCGGAUAUCCAGGCGGGCCCAGAUCAGUGCCCCAACAUGGCAGCUCUUCCCAGGUGACUUCCCCGCGGACUUCUCCGUGAUGGCACUGCUGAAGGCCAAGCCGGGUCGUCCAGUCUUCCUGCUCUCCCUCUACGACCGGCACGGUGUGCAGCAACUGGGCAUAGAGCUCGGCCGCUCUCCGCGCUUCCUCUACCGUGACCAGAGUGGCCGCCCCGCCCCUGAGGACUACCCGGUCUUCCGCGGGGCCAACCUGACCGACGGCAGGUGGCAUCGGCUGGCACUCAGCGUGAAGAAGAAGCAGGUGACGUUGUUCCUGGACUGCAAGAAGGAAGCCACCGUGGCUCUCCCGCGGGGGAACAGCCCUGUGCUAGACAUCAAGGGCAUCACCGUCUUCGGGGCCCGGAUCCUGGACGAGGGGGUCUUUGAGGGAGACAUCCAGCAGCUGCUGAUCAGCUCCAGCCCCCAGGCUGCCCAGGACUACUGCCCGGACUGUGGGAGGGCCCCCCAGAAGCCCCAAGCCCAGGAAGCUCAGCAGAGGCCCCCCAGGCCUGAGACGCCGGCUAAGACGAAGCCCCCCACCAACGCCGAGGCGAAGAGGCCCCAGAAGCGUCAACUUCCUGGCCCCUCGCCCACCGACCUCAAGACCGACGGCUUGGAAGGGAAGCGGCCCGGCGGCCCCAAGGAGCCCCGCAACGGGAAGGUCUCGGCCACUGGAAAGACCCCCAAGGCCAACAGCCCCAGUGCCAAAGCAGCCGGCAAGGCCUCUGCGGGGAAGAAGGCAGGAGGGGGCCCGGCCCAGGCAGCCCGGGGGCCACGAAGCAGCUACCAGCAGGACCGGGGUCCUCUUCCCACCGAGCAGCCCCAGGCGGCCCACCAGCACCCCAGCCUCCCCCAACCUCCUGAGGCUACUUCCCAGAAGAGGGGCCCCACAGGGGAGGCCUCUCCUCCUGCCCUCUCGCCGCCCUGGGUGGAGGAGGCGGCGGCCGAGGAGGAGGAGAAGGAGGGCCUCGUGCCCGGCAUGGCUCUGGACUAUGGAGACGGUGAUCCCAACCCUGGCGAGAUGGGCCCCCUGCUCUCAGCCCAGGCCCCCUACGAUGCCGUCGCGGUGCUCGGAGCCCGAGGCCUGAAGGGAGAGAAAGGGGAAGCGGCCGUCUUUGAACCUGGGAUGAUUGUGCCGGGACGCCCUGGCCCCGAAGGACCCCGGGGCAUGAGUGGGCCACCCGGCACCCAGGGGACUCCCGGACCUCCCGGCGACCCCGGAGAGCGGGGUCCCCCUGGACGGGCCGGAUUCCCGGGAUCCGACGGACGUCCGGGGCCCCCCGGAACCUCCAUGAUGCUUCCGUUCCGUUUUGGGAGCCCCACGGGGGGCCAGAAGGGGCCCGUCGCGAUGGCCCAGGAGGCCCAGGCCCAGGCGUUCCUACAGCAGGCCCGGCUGGCCUUGCGUGGCCCCCCAGGACCGAUGGGCUACACCGGCCGCUCAGGAGCCGUGGGCCAAGCUGGAGGCCCCGGCGUGAAGGGGGAGGCUGGAGAUUUUGGCCCCCAGGGGCCCCAGGGACAACAGGGACUGAGUGGCCCCCCAGGGAAGCCCGGCCGUCGCGGCAGGGCUGGUGCAGACGGCGCACGGGGGAUGCCUGGGGAAUCCGGCCUCAAGGGUGACCGGGGUUUCGACGGGCUGCCCGGCCUCCCGGGGGACAAAGGAUACCGGGGGGACCCCGGAGCGCAAGGUGUCCCUGGACCCCCCGGUGAAGACGGCGAGCAGGGAGACGAUGGAGAGAUUGGCCCCCGCGGACUCCCAGGAGAAACGGGACCGAGAGGGUUGCUUGGCCCCAAAGGGCCCCCGGGCAUCCCAGGGCCACAGGGCGUGCGUGGCGUGGACGGCCCCCACGGACCGAAGGGGGGUCUGGGACCGCAAGGGGAGCCAGGCCCCCCCGGUCAGCAGGGGACACCUGGGACUCAGGGUCUGCCAGGACCGCAAGGAGCCAUGGGGCCCCCUGGGGGAAAGGGACCCCAAGGGAAACCCGGCCUUCCUGGGAUGCCCGGCUCCGAUGGACCCCCGGGCCACCCGGGCAAAGAGGGAUUUCCUGGCACCAAAGGAAACCCGGGCCCCUCUGGCCCCCAAGGCCUGGUGGGCUAUCCGGGUCCUCGCGGAGGAAAGGGUACCGACGGCGUCCGUGGCUUGAAAGGGCAAAAGGGCGAGAAGGGCGAAGAAGGCUUCCCAGGCAUCAAGGGGGAUGUGGGGCCGAAAGGCGACAGGGGAGAAUUGGGGGUCCCGGGAUCCCGUGGGGAAGACGGAGCCGAAGGCCCGAAGGGGCGGACGGGCCCCCCUGGUGACCUUGGCCCUUCUGGACUCACGGGCGAGAAGGGCAAACUUGGGGUGCCGGGACUCCCCGGAUAUCCCGGCCGACAAGGCCUGAAGGGAUCACAGGGUUUCCUUGGCUUUCCUGGGUUGAACGGAGAGAAGGGGCUUCGGGGCCCCAGAGGGCAGCGAGGGCCACGAGGAGCCACUGGGAAAUUGGGAGCCAAGGGCACCUCUGGUGGCGAAGGGCCCUCGGGUCCCCCAGGCGAACGGGGGCAACCAGGAACUCAGGGGCCGAAUGGAUUCCCCGGACCAAAAGGCCCCCCGGGCCCCCCUGGCAAAGAUGGGAUGCCCGGCCACCCAGGACAGCGCGGAGAAGUGGGGCUGCAAGGCAAGGCGGGCUCCCCAGGCGGGCCCGGCGUCGUGGGGCCACAGGGUUCCGCAGGGGAAACGGGCCAGAUGGGGGAGAGGGGCCACUCGGGGCCCCCAGGGCCUCCAGGAGAACAAGGCCUGCCAGGGCCCUCCGGGAAGGAAGGGACCAAGGGCGACCCAGGAACCAGCGGAGGCCCCGGAAAGGACGGACCCCCAGGGCUGCGGGGCUUCCCCGGAGAGCGAGGCCUUCCCGGCACUGCUGGUGGCCCUGGACUGAAAGGCAACGAGGGACCUGCCGGCCCCCCAGGACCAGCGGGAUCUCCCGGUGAGAAGGGUCCCUCAGGAUCAGGAGGCCCCAUUGGGCCCCCAGGCAGACCCGGCCCCCAGGGGUCACCUGGACCGGCUGGAGAAAAGGGAGUGCCGGGUGAAAAAGGGCCCCUUGGCCCUGCUGGCCGUGAUGGUGCCCAGGGCCCCAUUGGGCUGCCCGGCCCUGCAGGACCACAUGGUGGCCCGGGUGAGGAUGGUGAUAAGGGAGAAGUGGGGGACCCGGGUCGCAAAGGGCCCAAAGGCGGCAAAGGCGAGCAGGGUCCCCCAGGGCCCCCGGGCGCUCUCGGUUCUCUUGGGCAGCCGGGUGCUGCGGGGGCGGAUGGUGAGCCUGGGGCCAGGGGCUCCCAGGGCAAUUUUGGGACGAAGGGGGAUGACGGCAUCCGAGGAUUCAAUGGGGCGCCAGGACCGAUUGGCUUGCAGGGACUGCCCGGACCAUCUGGGGAGAAGGGGGAGACUGGCGAUGGGGGACCCCUGGGACCCCCGGGACCUCCAGGACCACGAGGCCCAGCUGGGCCCUCCGGAGCUAGCGGUCCGCAAGGCCCCCCAGGAGGGAUCGGAAAUGAGGGGCCACCAGGACAAAAGGGCGAAUCAGGAGAGCAGGGUGGACCCGGAGUCCCUGGAGAGCCCGGCCCGAAGGGCCCGCGAGGUGAGCAAGGAGAGAAAGGGGAAGACGGAAGCGCUGGUGUGGCCGGACCCCCCGGAGGGAGAGGCCCCGUUGGGGACGAUGGGCCCAAGGGGAACCCGGGCCCGGUCGGCUUCCCUGGAGACCCUGGACCCCCUGGAGGAAUCGGGCCCCGGGGCCAAGACGGAGCCAAAGGCGAGCAAGGAGAAAAUGGACAACCUGGAGAGGCGGGGUCUCCGGGACCAUCGGGUGAGGCUGGUCCCCCUGGGCCACUUGGGAAGAGGGGCCCCGCCGGAACUCCUGGCCCCGAGGGACGGCAGGGGGUGAAGGGCAAGAAGGGAGAAUCAGGGGUCCUCGGCCCCCCUGGCAAAACCGGGGCUGUGGGACCCCAGGGGACCCCUGGAAAACCUGGCCUGGAGGGCUUGAGAGGCGUCCCAGGAUCUGUGGGGGCCCAAGGCAAACCGGGGGCCACGGGCCAGGCUGGGCCCCCAGGACCUGCGGGCCCCCCCGGACUGCCUGGCCUGAAGGGUGAGACGGGCCCCAAAGGAGAGAAGGGCCACCCGGGACUCAUCGGCUUGAUUGGACCGGCUGGAGAACAAGGAGACAAAGGGGACCGGGGGAGCCCUGGCCCCUCAGGGAGUGGGGGUCUUAAAGGAGAGACUGGCAUCCCUGGACCAAUGGGCCCUAUUGGCCCUGCGGGGGCCCCUGGACUUCCUGGUGGUCCUGGUCCUCAGGGUGCCAAAGGAGCCACGGGUGAAGCUGGACCCAAAGGACAGCGAGGAGUCCCCGGGCCCCCGGGCAGGCCGGGUCCGCCAGGUGAGACCAUCCAGCCACUGCCCAUUCAGCGUUCCAAGAAGAGCCGGCGCUCGGUGGACGGCAGCCAGCUGGUGGAGGAGCAUGAGGAGAUGGCGGCCGAUGGGGCAGCGGAUCAGCCGGCCUUCCGGCGCGUGGAGGAGAUCUACGGCUCCCUGGAGUCUCUCCGCCAGGAGAUCGAGGGGAUGCGGAAGCCGCUGGGCACCCGGGACAGCCCUGCCCGCACCUGCCAGGACCUCCACCUGAGCCAGCCCGAAUUGCCUGACGGUGAAUACUGGAUUGACCCCAAUCAGGGCUGUUCCCGCGACUCCUUCAAAGUCUAUUGCAACUUCACUGCGGGGGGCGAGACCUGCGUCUUCCCCAGCUGGGAGUCUCGAGAGUUCUCCUACGUGGACGCAGACAGCCACCCGCUGGGCGUGGUGCAGCUUUCCUUCCUGCGCCUGCUGAGCACCUCUGCCCGCCAGAACUUCACCUACCACUGCCAGCACUCGGUUGCCUGGCACAGCUCCGGGUCCCCCGCCUUGGGGGGCUACCAACAGGCCCUGCGCUUCCGGGGGGCCAACGAGGACGACCUGAGCUACGACAACAGCCCCUAUGUCAAGGCCCUGGUGGACGGCUGUGCGGCACGGAAAGGGUCCAGCAAGACACUCCUGGAAGUCAACACCCCACAGGUGGAGCACCUGCCCUUGCUGGACGUGCACCUGGCAGACUUUGGGGAGACUGGGCAGCGCUUCGGCUUUGAGGUGGGGGCUGCCUGCUUCCUUGGCUAG